AUGGUUACAAAAUCGUCGCCCGCUCUGACGUUCUGCAGUCGGUCUGAAGUAGUCAUCGUCGAAGUCAAGCCAACAGCCGACGCGAGAGACACAGAAUACCGUCCACGUUGUCUGUCACCAGCCACCAGCCGAUCUGUCACUUUGACAAUGGGGGGAUUUUACAGUUAUUUCAAGAGUCUAUUUGGUGAAAAAGAACUGAGAAUUUUAAUCUUGGGCUUAGAUGGCGCAGGAAAGACUACCAUAUUGUAUAGGUUACAAGUUGGUGAAGUUGUAACUACUAUUCCAACAAUAGGAUUCAAUGUCGAGCAAGUUACUUAUAAAAAUAUUAAAUUUCAAGUUUGGGAUCUUGGAGGCCAGACAUCCAUUAGGCCAUAUUGGAGGUGUUAUUAUUCAAAUACAGAUGCUGUAGUAUAUGUAAUUGAUUCAGUUGAUCGAGAAAGAAUGGGUAUAGCCAAAGACGAAUUGAUGUAUAUGUUAAAAGAAGAAGAACUAAAUGGUGCUAUAUUAACAAUAUUAGCUAACAAACAAGAUGUUGAAGGUUGUAUGAAUGUUACUGAGAUACAUCAAGCUCUUGGAUUAGACUCUUUAAAAAAUCGAACAUUCCAAAUAUUUAAAACAUCGGCCAAAAAAGGCAUAGGACUUGAUGAGGCUAUGGAUUGGCUUUGUAACACUCUACAAAAUCACAAAUAA